AUGGGCACUGAUGUGAUCAAACCGGCACCACCAACCAGCAUUGAUGAUGUUGUCUACUUUCUAACGGAAAAUAUGAAUGAGGGUGAUCAUAGGCCUGCAAUUUCUUUUGGUUUUGGCGAUCCCUCUGGUUUCGACUGCUUCAGGACUACUCCUAUAGCUGAAGAUGCCAUGGUUGAAGCUGUCCGUUCUGCUAAAUUCAAUUCUUAUGCCUCUACUGGUGGUAUUCUUCCUGCAAGGAGGGCUGUUGCGGACUAUCUCUCUCGUGAUCUUCCUUACCGGUUAUCGCCAGAUGAUGUCUUUCUCACCCUUGGUUGCAACCAAGCUGCUGAAAUUACAGUUAAAAUCCUAGCGCGGCCCGGAGCCAAUAUUCUGCUUCCAAGACCUGGUUAUCCAGAUAUUGAAGCUUAUGCAGCUUUUAACAACCUAGAAAUUAGGCAGUUUGAUCUUCUUCCGGAGAAAGGCUGGGAGGUUGAUCUAGAUUCUAUCGAAGCUAUCGCAGAUACGAACACCAUUGCUAUGAUUGCAGAGACUGCAGGAAAGCUUGGGAUUGUUGUGAUUGCUGAUGAAUUUUAUGGCCAUCUUGUUUAUGGGAGUAAUCCAUUUGUGCCCAUGAGUUUGUUUGCCUCAAUUGUUCCUGUUUUUACUCUUGGAUCUGUAUCGAAAAGAUGGAUGAUUACAGGUUGGGGACUUGGUUGGCUAGUGACUUGUGAUCCAAGUGGAUUGCUUCGAAAAGAUGAGUUGCCAAAGCCUUCUUAUUCUGUGAUAUAUGCUCAGGAUAUCCUUCACCCACCAUUGAAGCAAUUCCCAAGGUCUAGGAGGGCUGGCAUCCAUUCAAGAUUAGAGUGGUUCUCCUCAGGUCUCAUUUUAUUUAUUAACACAGCAUUAGGAGUCAAAAAGUGCUUCAAGACUUGUCCAGUAGCUGAAGAUGCAAUUGUGGAUGCUGUUCGUUCUGCUAGAUUCAAUUCUUAUGCUUCUUUUGGGGGUAUUUUUCCAGCUAGGAGGGCUGUUGCAGAAUACCUCUCUCGUGAUCUUCGUCACCGGUUAUCACCCGAUGAUGUCUAUCUCACCCUUGGUUGCAGACAAGCUGUGGAAAUCAUAAUAAAAGUCCUAGCUCGGCCUGGUGCCAAUAUUCUGUUUCCAAGACCAGGCUAUCCAAAUUAUGAAGCUUAUGCAGCUCUUAACAACUUUGAAUUUAGGCAUUAUGAUCUUCUCCCUGAAAGAGGUUGGGAAGUUGAUCUAGGUGGAAUUGAAGCUCUUGCGGAUGAGAACACCAUCGCAAUGGUUAUAAUCAAUCCUGGAAAUCCUUGUGGAAAUGUAUAUAAAUACGAACACCUGAAUAAGAUUGCAGAAACUGCAAGAAGGCUUGGGAUUCUUGUGAUUGCUGAUGAAGUAUAUGGCCAUCUUGUUUUCGGCAGCAAUCCAUUUGUGCCUAUGAACGUGUUUGCUUCAACUGUGCCUGUUAUUACUCUUGGAGCUAUAUCGAAAAGAUGGAUGGUUCCCGGUUGGCGACUUGGUUGGCUAGUGACAAGUGAUCCCAGUGGAUGGCUUCGAAAAUAUGCGAUUGCCGAGGCUAUUCAAAACAUUAUCAAUUUUUCUCAUACACCUGUGACUUUCAUUCAGGGUGCUAUUCCUCAAAUCCUAGAGAAAACUACUGAUGAUUUCUUCUCAAACACUAAUGGCAUUCUUAGAGAGAAUUUGGACUUCUGUUAUGACAAACUGAAGGAGAUUCCAUGCAUGACAUGCCCACAAAAGGCGGAAGGAGGCAUGUUUAUUAUGGUUAAGCUUAACUUGCCAAUGCUUGAAGAUAUUGAAGAUGACAUGGAGUUCUGUCUCAAGCUAGCUAAAGAGGAAUCUCUCAUCGUUUUGCCUGGGAUUACUGUUGGAUUGAAGAAUUGGACCCGCAUAACUUUUGGAGUUGAACACUCAUUUCUUGAAGAUGGCCUUGGAAGGUUAAAGGCCUUCUGCCACAGACAUGCCAAGAAACACUAG